UAGGGGCUUUACAGUAUCGUCCCUGUCGCCCACGCUAGGGAGGGAUAAGGGACAGCGCUUAGUGUGUAUAUACACAAUGCGUACGUAGUCUAGCUUAUGUCCACCUCAUGGUGAAUGAGCGCCGAUCAUCCCCACCACUUCCUCAACUUCAGCCUCUACCCCUCGUUCUGCAGAAUCACGGUUCAUUUUCGACGCCAUAGCGCCACCAAAUAUGCCUGAGACUGAACGUUUGCCCACCAUCUUCUUUAUCCCUGGUGCGUGGCACAAGCCUUGGGUCUUUGAUAGCGUGCGCGGCAUCCUCUCGGCUCGUGGCUUCGAAACCGAAGCGCUGGUACUUGCUACAGCUGGAUCGUCCGAUCCCGACAUCGGUCUCCAGGACGAUGCCGCCAAAGCCCGCUCGGCUCUCACGAAACUGAUUGAUGACGGGAAGGAGGUUCUUGUUGUAGCCCAUUCAUAUGGCGGUAUCGUUGCCUCCAACGCCGUCAAGGGGCUAAGCACUACGCAACGUACUGCCGAUGGUUUGAAGGGUGGUGUAAGCAUGGUAUUGUAUCUAGCGGCAUUCAUCAUUACCGCAAACACAUCGCUUGUGAUGGCUGCUAGCCAUUCCUCCUUUGGUGGUGGUGGUGGCCCUCCCGAUUGGUGGGACAUCUCGGAGGACGGCAAAUUUGUCACGCCCUCCGACCCGCGUGAAAUGUUCUAUCACGAUGUCGAACCAUCGCUAGCACAGAAGGCCAUAGAUGCUCUUCUGCCGAUGCCUGUUCGAUCAGCGGCAGAUGUAUCCCUCUUUGACCCCCGAGACGGCGGCUUCGAGGUCGGCUAUAUCUUCGCUGAAGAAGACAGAGCUGUUCCAAUCGAUGCUCAGAAGGGCUUAUUCGAGCUAUUUCCAGCCGGAUCUUUCUCUGCUAGCCUGCCUACUAGCCAUUCGCCAUUCCUCAGCAAUCCUGAUGCUCUCGCUGAUACUCUCCAGAAAGCCAUCAAGCACCUGCUUACUAAGAGAUCACAAGCAUAACUAAUUACUAUAUGCCCUUUUCAUCUUUCCAUACCUGUGGUGGAAGGAUUAUGAACUGAGGCUUUGCCCCAGACAUGGCAGACAGGGGGGGUCAUUCGGGGUCUAGAUUCAGGUAGACAGGGUGUUAUAGAUACAGGAAGAUAACCUUGCUUCUAUCGGUCUCAUAUACAUAGACUAGACAUAGAACGAACUCGGUCGUCUGUAAUAGAUUCCUUGUUGAUGCAUCUCUAGACACUUCAGAAAGGAUAGCG